CGACUGCCGCCGCCGACACCCCCACCGCCGCCGCCGCCAGCACCUCCGCCGCCGCCGCCGCCUGCGCCACCACCAGAGCUGCCGUUGAGCAAGGCCGCGGCGAAGUCAAAGCGUAAGCGGUCACGGGUAGAGCCGGAGGGUGAGGAUGCGGAGAAGGCGGCGCGUAAAGCUGCUUCGGGCGGUGCGGGAGGUGAGGGCGAUGCCGGGCCAGAGGAGGAUAACGGUGGCGAGGGUGAGGACCUGGGAGCAGCGGCGCCCGGGCAGCAGCCAGUAGAGUCCAAACGGAAGGUCCGCGGUCGCAGCUCCAGCGCUGCUGAGGGCGGGAAGGAGCAGCAGCAACAACAGCAACAGCAGCAGCAGCAGCAGGAGCCGCCUGAGUCGGUGCCGGGUACGGAGGAGCAGACGCAGAGGAAACGGCAGCGCGCUGAUGGCUUGAGCCGCGGCAACGGUGGCAGUGGUGGUGAAGUCACGCCAGGUGCGGCUGCGCUCGCUGCUGCUGCUCCCGAUGCUGCCGGUGAAGCCGCUGAAGCAGCUGGUGGUGACAAGCCAAACACGGAUGCUAGCAGCAGCAGUAGGACUAGUAGUGGCACCAGCAGUAGCAGCAGUAGCGCGGACAGUGGCGGCACUAGUGGCGACGGCUCUAGCAGUAGCACCAGCAGUGACAGCGACAACGAUGACAGCGGUGAGAGUGACCAGAAAAAGGAGGAAGAAAAGGAGGAGAAGCCGCGCGUCAGUCUUGCCGCCGUCGCUGCUGCUGCCGGCGCCAGUGGCGCUCGGAGACCACCAGCGCCGCCUUCGCCGUCCCCCUCCUCCUCCUCCAUGUCCAUUUCCUCCUCCUCGUCCUCCUCCUCCUCCUCUUCGUCGUCCUCCUCCUCUGAAGACACCUCAGAUGAGGGCCCAGGCGACGAGGACCGCGACCACGCUGCGGACUCCCAAGCACCUGGCAUGGAUGGCAGGGCGGGGCCCCCAUCGCAGCAGCAGCAACCGCAACCGCAGCAGCAGCAGCAGCAACCGCACCCCAUGCACCAGCCCCUGGCGCCGUACCCAGGCGGCCCCUCCCAUCCGCCUGUCCUUGCCUCCGGCACCGCCGCCGCCACCGCUGCUGGUGGGGUGUCGUAUCAGCAACAGGCGGAUCGGAGCUCGCUGGAACGGAUGCGCGCCGCCUCCCAGUGGUGGUCUCGCAGCCAGCAUCGACUGGAGCGGGCGCGGGCGCGACGGGGCGGCGAGGGCGGACCGGGGGCCUCUGAGGAGGAGCAACGAGUGCAGGCCGUCGGUCGCUGGGGUGAGGAGCUGGUCUACCGCCACCUGAUUACCCAGCUGGACCAGCAGCAGCAACAACAGCGACGCAACGCAGCAGCAGCAGCAGGUGCUGCCAGCGGCCGACUGCAGGGGCAGCAGCAGGGGCAGUGGGGGACCCAGCAGCAGCUGGUGGCUGCUCGCGCCGGCAGUGUGGCGGUGGACCGGGUGGUGUGGGUGAAUCGGGAGCGAGAGAGCGGGCUGCCGUACGACAUGUACAUCAGUCAUGCGGACGAGAGCAUAACGUAUAUCGAGGUCAAGACCAGCGCCAGCACCGCCAAGGACCUCUUCGAGAUCAGUCUCUCCGAGCUGCUAUUCGCGGAGCAGCAGGGCGAGCGCUACGUGCUGUUCCGGGUGCGGGGCGCGGGCAGCAGCAACCCCGCCAUCGUGCGGCUGCAGGACCCUGCUAGGCUGCUGCGGCAGAGGGCUAUCAGCCUGUGCAUGGCGGUGUGAGGCGGUGUGAAGCGGUUUGAGGCGCACGGUGUGAGAUAGAUAGAGCAGGGGGAGGGGGAGGUGUAGAUGGGAGGUAGAGGGCUGGUUAGGAACCCGGAAGGAACCCGGCGGCGCCCAUUGUUGAGGGGUGCGUGGAGGAGAGGCGGGGAGUAGGGGAAUAUACCGGUAUGUAGGAGGGAGUCCUAGCAAGCGCGAGAUGCUAGGCAGCGCCCAUCCAUGGGUACCGGUAUGCCCAUCCAUGGGUACCGGUAUGCCCAUCCAUGGGUAUGCCCAUUGGCAGAGGCGUGGUCGUUUGUGGUGGGUGUGUGAGAGGGGGUGUAGGGGUGAGGAGGCCAUCCCAGCUGGUAGGCUAGAAUGUGCGUGCGGGAGGUGCUACUGGGACCGUUGCGCAUGUGUCUUGCCCCUUUACUAACGCAGCUAGACAGCAGAGAUAGGUGGAUGGGACCUAGCUGCUGCGCGCUGUUUGGCGGUCGAACAGACAGCGCCACUAGCAAGGACAUUGUCGUUUACUAAUAUCUAACGGCUGCUCCCCCGCCCCAUGCGUGGCUGCUUGACCGCAACGUGCCAAACAGUACAAGAUACGAAGCCUAGCACGCGUACGAGGGAACACUACACACUACUUUAUGCUUUCGGAUGCUCCUCGUGACGUGAGGCGCUGGUGUGUGCCCAUGUGCGAGCCUUGAAUCACUAACUACGCCAGGAGAGCGUGUGGCAGUUGGCAGGUGUAUGCGAGUUGCUAGACCCAACGGAAAACCGCAUCGCCUGCCUUUCUUACAGAAACAACUCGUCAAAGAGCCACGAUAAAUGCGCGGCAUGUGGCAAACAAGGAUCGCGCACGCAACCCCAACCAAGCCCCUACAACCACC